AUGUUACGCAACAGAUUGUUUCCUCAAUCAGAACAUGUUAAACGAAAAAUUUGGGAUGGCGUUAGUCGUGCUGAAGAGAAAUUGGGCGGGAGGUUACCUACAAUCGAUCCUAUUAAGGAUUUAAAUAUUAUGGAUGACCGUAUUAAACAACAAUCUGCAACGAUUGCUUUACUGAAGGCGCGAAUGGAAAUGAAUACAGUGUCUACACGUACUGGCCUUAAAUAUCUUAUUGAUCAAUUCAAUCAGAGAGCUACCAAUUUAAUGAAGAUAGAACGUAUUCGAAAACCCAUGCAACCAAGGAUUUUGGUCAAAGCGAAGAAUAAACCGCUUUAG